CACUUUUUGCAUACGCAUAUGGUAACAGCGCAUGAUCAGUUGGUUCAUGCAUUCACAUGCAUGGCGCAUGAUCGUACAACGACGUGUUUGCAUGUAGAGAUAUUUUCACGUGAAAAAUAUUAAUUGUUAUUGUCGAUUUUCCCAAUUCGGUUUAAAACGAUGGCGGAAAAGGACAACAUUGUUCACAAACUUUUUAACACUUUAUUCUACAUACUGGACACUCCAGUCACCUAUGUUCGAGAAAAAUUCGUAGUGCCGAAUCAAAAGAAAUAUCCGUGGUAUCAUCAGCAAUAUCGUCGCGUGCCGACGAUCGACGAAUGUUACACAGACGACGUGGUUUGUUAUACCGAGGCAAAUUGUCAAUUCUUACGCGAUAAAUCAGUGGAAGAUGAAAUUCUAAUGAUUCUAAGAAGUCGAUAUGAACAGUGCGCCUUCUAUCACGGUGCCUAUUCGGGUGACGAUGAUAAUAUGUGUGGGCAUUUGAAGAAAGCUUACGAGGAUGCAGCUGUUAAUUGGUUCAUAAAAUAUGGUGAAAUGGGAAUAUCUUUAAAUGUGAAAAAUGCAUAUAUGAGGCAGAAACAUCGUUUGAUCUGGGAGCGCCGUCAUGGGCCAGUAGGUACUGGUAUGAAAGACCAACAAACAACCGCAGCGUAGCAAUUCACAGGGCAAUCGUAGAUGACAAUUUAAUGGCAAACGCAUUCGUAUAUUAUGGUCUGAAUCGCAGGUUUGCUUAACGUGUACAGACGUGUUGUGAUUUAAGAAAACGACGGGAUAAUAAAAAUAAUUUAUCAAAAUUUUAA